AGACCCACCCACCGAAGGCGGGCAGAUAUUCUACCGGAAAUGCACAAUGUUUUUCAUCGUUCUAAAGGCAUGCACGAUUGAAGGGUGAAUGGAGGCAACACAGCUGAUCGAUGACUCAAUAUUGGAAGAGUCAGAGGAGGAGGAUGAUGGAGAGAAGCGAGGAGAGCCACUGGCCAAACUCAGGGUGUUAAAAAAUAAACACAUCACAGAGACUGAGUUGCCUCUCUACCAGGGAGAAAAUGUGUUGGGUCGAAACCCAGACUCCUGCUCCCUGCCCCUCGUGGCCAGCUCCGUAUCCAAGCAACACACCAUCAUCUCCAUCUCAAUGUUUCGUGGCAACCGUCAUCACGGCAACGUUGCCGCCAUGGAGACAGAGGCUUUAGUGUGGGACCUGGGCAGCAUGAACGGGACAAGGAAGGGCCGGACCAAACUGACCCCUCACGUCCGCUACGCACUGACCGAGGGAGAGUGUGUGGUAAUAGCUGACAUCCCCUGCCAGUAUGUCUCUGUGGACCAGAGGGGGGGACAGGGGCACAUGCAGAACCCGACAAACACACACUCUGGAAAGGGAAGGAGGUCAGGGCCAGACAGGAAGGCCCAGCUCAGAGGAAGCCCUAGCGGCCAAGGUCUGGGACGAGAGACUGGCACACCGAAGACUGAGAGACCGACUGAGGGUAGAGGAGUUAAUGGAGAGAUGGGGGUACCGUCGUUGACUGAGCUGGGUGGAAAGGGUCAAACUCUGGCCAAACCCCUGUUGUUUGAACAAACCCCCACACAGCCUGAGAGGACACUGGUGCCUGAGUCUGACUCCGAUGGAGAGCGAGAGGGACGGAGAGACAAACGGGGAAAGUACUUUGUCUCUGAUUCUGACUCCCACAUGUCCAGUCCCACCUGUUCUACAUUCCUCAGUCCUACAAACAAAGUCAUUCCAGAGAGUGAGGAGGAGAGCCCCAUCACUCCCUCCUCCUCUGCUAAAAACAGACCCAAGAAAGUAGUGAGCUUCAGUGAGGAGGAGAGUGACAUGGAUGGACCGAGACAGCAGCCCAGGAGAAGAAGAGCCCAAGUGAUAGUGGACGACAGCGAAGAAGAGGAGGAGGGGAAGGAAGGGAAAGAGGCUCUAGGAGAGAAGGAAACUGGCAAAAGGACAAGAGGAAAGGAGGAUGUGUCAGUGGUGAACCAGGUCAGUCAAGCUGAGAGAGAUGGACCAAUGGUGUCUACAGAGGUCAAGUUUAACAUGGACAGUGACACAGACGUAGAGGGAGAGGAGGAGAUGGGGCUGUCUGCACCUGUAAACGCUGUUAAGCCACCAGCCGCAACAGAACCUCCUACUACAGACUCUGACCCAGGCCAGAUCCACAUGGACAGUGAUACCGAUGUGGAGGAAGGGGAUACUAUGGACGGUGACUCUAAGUUAAUGCUAACUGCUGCCGAUGUGGAGAGGAAACCAGUAGAUUCUGUCCCAGUGGUGCAGCCAACAGAGAUACACCUGGACAGUGAUACAGACGUGGAUGAUGAGGAUGAUGAUGAUGUUGUUGUGUCGGACAGUGCUACCAAUGUUACCUCCUUCGUAUCCGAUCCGGUUGAGAAACCAGACGGUUCUGGCCCUGCAGUGCCGCCCGUAGAAUUCCACCUAGACACUGACACAGAUGUGGAAGAGGAGGACACAGACACACAUUCCAAAACAGUUCCAGAAUCAGAUUCUAGUGGGAUCAGAACAGGGAUUGCUGGUCACCAGGAGAUCCUUUUGGACAGUGAUACUGAUGAAGAAGACAACCCUUUUGCUCCUCCGGCCAGCAGCAGAACAGCGGAGCUCCUUAAUCCACCCACCAGUGUAGGACCUGCAGCUGCUGCUCCUCUGGAGAUCAGGUCUGACAUCGCCAUGGUAACGGAGGACGCGGUGUUAGCGURGCGACAGGCCGUGCUUCCAUCACCCACAACAACGAUAACCGGUGCUGUUACCACGACAAUCGCUCUCAGGUCUCAGGACUCUGAUGCUGACACAGAUGCUGAGGAGGAGAGGUUGGAGCCCAAACCCCCCCGGUGUCGGCCCCCAGCAGGGAUGGUCCCGGAGUCGGACCUCAGUGAGCCCAGUGACUUCAGGAUGGACAGUGAUARGGAGCAGGAUGGACCAGGGGAGGCAGGCCAGGGACACACUGGAGGUCGGCUCAGAGAGGGGGCAGCUGGCCCCGGGCUGCUCCCCCUGGGGGGUUCCCCUGGCCRUCAUCAGAAGUGCUCRACCCCUUUGGCAUCGUCAGUACAGGAGGAGAUGGAGACUCAGGCCUUCCUCAGUCCCUCUGACCCCUUCAGACACCCAGCUCUCCCUCCUGUGCUGAGGCCUACAGCAGCAUUGUCCUGCUCUGCAUCAGACAGCCAGGAGGACGAUGACUUUGUGGUGGCCGAAACCCAGUCAUUUGUGUUGGAGGCCCAGAACCAGGGCCAUCAGAGCAGCCUUCCAGUGGAACCAACCCUGGAUGCUACGCAGCCCUACGGUCUGGAGCCUUCCUUGGGGGAGGACCGGGAGGAGCAGCCCAGCCGAGGCUCCUUCCAGCUGGGUCUGUCAGACAGCAGCCACCUCCAGGCCAGGGACCAGGCCUCAGAGAGCACCCAGGCAUUCAGCUUCCCAGAUGGGGAUUCUGACCUGGAGGCCWCCCAGACCUAUGGAUCUGGAGGGGGGAGCGAGGAGCCUGGCCUGGGCCAGAGGUCUGCGGUGUUCGGGAGGAACAGGCAGGUGGACUUUGCCGUGGAGGCAACACAGGCUUAUGCUGCCCAGCCUCGCAGUGACACAGAGGAGGAAGAUGAAGAGGAGACGCAGCCCUUGGAGUUCCCCACCCCAUCUAAUGUUGCUACGACUGAAACCCUGCCCAAGUCUGCCUAUGAGGAAGAGGACAGUGAGGAGGACGAAGAUUUGGUUGGGGCCAAGCCCCUGACCCCAGUAAGGAGAGGGAGAUCUGGAGGAGCGAGGGAGAGGGAGGAAGAGGAGCAGGAGACCCAGACUGGUGAGGUGCUGACCAACCAAUACCUCUCCACAGCUCAAACUCUGGACAUGGUCCAGGAGAGUGAUGAUGAGGAAGAAGCCAAACCAGACUCGCCCAGAAGAAGACGGCCCCAAAAACAGACAGUAGACGAGGAAGAGACACAGACUGUUGGCUCCUACCUCUCCACUGCUGAAACCCAGCCCAUGUUUACUGCUGCUGCUGCUGAGGAUGAUGAUGAUAAUGAGGAGGAAGAACUCAAACCUCCAUCACCCAGAAGGAGGGSAAGGUCCCYGAGAGGGAGAGUAGAAGAGGAGGAGACACKACCUAGUGAGUUCCUCACCAGCUCKCACAUCUCCACCGCUGAAACUCAGCCUAUGGGUACUUGUGACACUGAGGAAGAGAAGGAGGAGGACACCAAAGAUAAAGGACGGGCUCAGAGAGGGCGGGGGAAAGAGUCGGAGGCUGGGACAAGUGGUGUCAGCAGUAGAGGAAGAAGAGGAGCUAGAGGAGGAGAGGAAGAAGAGGAGGGUGCUGAGACUCCAAAGACACAGACAAGAGGGAAGGGGAAGGCUGUGAACACCGCGGGAGGGAGGAGAGAGGUGUUGCCUGAGGAGGAAGAGAGUGAGAAAGAAGAAGAGGCAGAGGUGGUUGAGCAAGGGAGGAGAGGAAGAAAGAGUGUGAAACAACAGAAAGAGGGAGAAAAAGAAAGACUUGAGGAGGAACGGAGAGAGGAGGAAGAGGAAAUAGAGAAGGAAAGACAAGAACAGGCUGAGAAGGAACGGUUGCAGAAGGAAAAAGUAGAAUCAGAAAGGGUUARGAAGGAACAACAGGASKGAGAYAGGAUGGAYCAGGAACUUAAAGAACAAMAUGAGKGAUUAGAGAGGGAGAGWGUGGAAAGASYAGAAACAGAAAGGAUGGAGAGAGAGGAAAGGGAACAGGAGGAAAGAGAGCGGCUUGAGAGGGAAAGGAAGGAACGAGAAGAGCAAGAAAGACUGGAGUGCGAGAGGGUAAAAAGAGAAGAGGAGAGAUUAGAGGAAGAAAAAGAAAGAAUAGAGAGGGAGAGGAAAGAAAUAGAAGAGAGGAAAAGACUGGAGAGGGAGGAAAAAGAGAAGCAAGAACGAUUGGAGCGAGAAAGCAGGGAAAGGGAAGCGCUUGAGCGAUUGGAGAGAGAAAGGGUGGAGAAAGAGAGAAUAGAGGGAAAACAAGCAGAAAAGCAAAGAUUGGAGAAAGAGCGUAAAGAGAUAUUGGAGAAAGAAAAAAGGGGAAGAGAAGAGAAGAGAAAACAGGAGAGAGAACUAUUGAAGAAGAAAAAGGAAGAGAAGGAGCGAUUAGACAGGGAAACGAAGGAGAGAAACCUGAAAAAGAAACUGGAGAGGGAGAAGAAGGAAAGAGAAAAGAGGGAAGCCGAGGAGAAAGAAAAGGAGAUAAAAGAACGACAAGCGAAGGAACAAGGAGAAAAACAAGCAAAGAAAGACGACGAAAAUGAGCCAAAAACAUCCACGAGAGGCCGCAGAGCAACCACCAGGAGAACCGUCACGGUUCCACCCACAACWGAACCACAACCUGAACUUGAUAUUCUGUCCAGCCAACCAGAACCAGURCCAGCUAGUAUAACUAGGUCUCGCUCCAACUCUUCCAACUCUGUCAGCUCUGAGAGAUCCAGCAUAGGCACCCUGGGGAGCAGAGGGAGAGGGGGGAGGAAGACCACCAGCACCACAGAGCCAGCCCCUGGUCCAGACAACCCCACCCGCAACAGCACCAGGAGAAGGACGUUGGUCGGGACGGUUGUGGCUCCCCCUGCUGCUGUGGAGGUCACAGUGCAGGACAUUCUCUCCAGCGAACAGUUUGUUGCCAGGAGAACCCGCUCUCGCUCCAGCUCCACCAACUCCCACAGCUCCACCAACUCAGUCUCCACCUGUAUCGUGGCUAGCGUGAGCUCUCAGAGCAAAGGGAGGGGAGGAGGCAGAAUGAGGAAGACUGGAACAGAGUCUGUCUCUCCCAGUAACAGGCAGAGUGAGCAGCCUCCAACCCCCAAGCCCACAGCCAGAGGCAGGAGAAGCCAGAAAGUAGAGGAUGAUGGUCCACACCCUGAGAUUAAUGAGAAGGCUGAUUCUCAGGAGGGUGGUGGUACCACUAGAGGGCAGAAGAAAACAGKCAAAACCAAUGAGCCAGACCCUGUAGUAGCAGAUGAAGAAACCACUCCAGCCCAGGUAACAGAGGACUCCCCCGCUCCUAGAGGGAAUGGAAGAGGCCGGGGCCGAGGCGGACAGAGAGACAACACACCUGAAUCCACCACUACAACAGCAGGAGGGGACACUCCAAGUGAAGAGGGAGUGGAGUCUAAAACUGGUGGGAGAGGGAAAGGGAGGAAGAGGGGGCUGGAAGAGGAGCAGGAGAACAGUGGGUUCAAGGUUCCCCGGAGGAAYGCUAAGGUUCAGAGGGGAGGGAGAUGCAGGACAGCAGAGGAGGAAGGAGAGAAAGAGGAGAAUCCUGCAUCCACUCCAGCAAAGAGGGGCAGAGCCUCCACUGCACAUGUGAAAAAGAUAGCAGAGGAGGAGAGUAUGGAGGGACAGAGUGAGAAGAUGGAAGKGSCUGGUACUGUGCAGAGGAAAGUCCGAGGCAGGCAGUCGACGGUUCUGAUAAAGAAAGAAGAGGAAUCUGUUUUGGACUCUAAUUCUGUGGUGCCCCAGACCCCUACAGGUAAGGGCAGAGGUAAGCGUAGGGCCCCUGUGGAAUCAUCACCGCUAGCCAGGACCCCUCGCUCCCCCUCUGCCUCUCCCCUGUCCUCCUUCUCCUCCUCUGGGACACUGGGCUCAGUUAGGGCCGACACGCAGUCCUACAAGGUGUUGUUUACAGGAGUGGUGGAUGAGGAGGGGGGGAAGGUGGUGUCUCGUCUGGGGGGCAGCCUGGCAAAGGGCGUGGCUGACAUGACCCACCUGGUGACUGACAGGGUCCGACGCACCGUCAAGUUCCUGUGUGCUGUGGCCCGCGGCGUGCCCGUCGUCACCACCGAUUGGCUGGAUAAGUGUGGUAAGGUGGGUCGUUUCCUACCUACUGACAGGUACCUGGUGAAGGACAGAGAGCAGGAGAACAAGUUUAGCUUCUGUCUGGAGGAAUCACUGAGGACUGCCAGCACCCAACCUCUACUACAGGGUUAUGAGGUCCAUGUGACCAGGUCAGUGUUGCCAGAGCCAGCCCAGAUGAAGGACAUCAUCGUCUGUAGCAGAGCUCGCUUCCUCUCCACAAUGCCCUCCACUCAGAAGGCCCAGGCCCGGACCCUAGUGAUAUCGUGUGGGGAGGACUGGUCUCUCUGUGCUCCUGCUCUCUCUGCUUCUCUCCCCYUCCUCAGUGCUGAGUUCCUGCUAACUGGUAUAUUACAGCAGAGAGUGGACCUGGUAACCCAUGUCCUCUCAGCCCCUAAACCCAGGGCCCAGCCAGGAGCCAAAGGCCAGGCCAGGGGGAGGAAGAGAAUGUAACAGAAAGACCAAACUCACCUGGGUGUUAUUCAUUAGUGCAUACUGUAGCAAAACCAUAUGCAACAGAAAACAAACACUAGUGUUUCUUAUUGGACAAGUUCAGGUAAUCCCUCCCUGUUUUAGUCUGUUUUCUACCGUUAGGUGAAUAUGACCCUGUCUACAGGGCCAGGGAGAAGGCAUUACAGUUCCAGAGAAGACCACAGACAUAUGGCACCCGUGUGUGUGUGUGUGUGUGUGAUGGCAUAGCAUGCAGCACCCACCUCCACCUGUAUAGAGAACAGUAGCAGGUCCAGGCCUCAGAGGAGUGGUAACUACAGUACUACUCCCCUGGAGGGGCUGGAGACCAUUAGACACCUGAGAGAGGGGAGAAUGAGGAUUUGGCUGUACAAGAGACAGUGGCAGCAUCCCAAAUGGGACCCUAUUGCUUACUUUUGACAAGAGCCCUGCACUAUGUAGGGAAUAGAGUGCUAUUUGGGACGCAGACGUAAAAGGCUGGUGAGAGGAGACAUCCACCUGUAUGACCAACUAGACCACAUAGUUGAGAAUGUAUUCACUCAGAUAAGAAGACAAACAAACCCAAGAGAUGGAAAUAUAUUCCUAUGUUUAUGAGGGUAGAGAGAGAAUACAUGAUGAGAAAUGCUCUGAAUAGAUUUGUGUUCAUAAAAAAAUAUAUAAAUAUGAGUUAACAUAGAGAGAAGAGACGGAGUAAUAAGAUAAUUUACUGCCUAUCCCAGUCAUUUAUUUUAUGUCUCUUCCUCUUUUCCUGUCUUUCCUCCCUCUCCUGAUCCUUUAUCUAUACUGAUUAAUAGCCAUCCUCUCGCCUUUGUAUAAAGAUAACAAAUAUAUAUAAUAGUGCCUAUUUUACGAGGAUAAUGUUGAAUAUACCAGAUAUCUGUCUUCACUAGCUGUGAUUGCUGAAGGGACAUGUCAUCAAUCUUAGAGAAAGGACUGAACUCAUUGUUUUAAUGCUGCUCAUCCAUCUACAUCUUUGUAUGUCUAGGAGUUAAAUGUGUCUUUAUUUACUGACCAAUAAACCUUUUGUACUGAA